CGCAAUCGGGAGGAAAAAGCGAGUGGCAGAUUUUUUCUGUCUACCUACACAAACACAUACGCAGGCUGCUGCGCUGGUGUGGGUGUGUGUGUGAGGCUGGUCCAUCGGAGCGCCGCAAAAAAAAAUAUUGAAAUUGUGCAGUGUGUGCGAAGUAGCAGAUGAAUCGGCAGUGAUAAAUAAAUGCUUUAAGGGCGAGAAAAGAUUUUAAUAAGUGCUGGGGAAUAAAAAGAGCCGCGCCCCGUUUGCCAAACGUUAACUAACACAUACAAACACUCCGUCACAAAACACACACACGCACGCAGAGGCAGAGCAAAUCAGCAGCAGCAAUUCUCCAGAUCCAGAAGAACAACAUAAAAUAGCAAAUCAAAAUGGCGCACCAGCAGCAACAACAACUGGCUCCAUCGGUCAACUGUUCACUGGACGAUAUCGAUCUGACGGCCCUAAAAGAUCCAGCUGGCAUCUUUGAACUCAUCGAAGUUGUGGGCAAUGGCACCUACGGUCAGGUCUACAAGGGUCGUCACACGAAGACUGGUCAAUUGGCUGCCAUAAAGGUGAUGGACGUCACCGAGGACGAAGAGGAGGAGAUCAAGCUGGAGAUCAAUGUGCUAAAGAAAUACUCGAAUCACCGAAACAUCGCCACCUACUACGGAGCCUUCAUCAAGAAGUCACCGCCUGGGAAGGACGAUCAGCUAUGGCUGGUGAUGGAGUACUGUGGUGCUGGAUCGGUGACGGAUCUGGUCAAGUCCACCAAGGGUCAGAGCCUGAAGGAGGAGUGGAUCGCCUACAUCUGCCGCGAGAUCCUGCGGGGCCUGAGCUACCUGCACUCGAACAAAGUCAUCCAUCGCGAUAUCAAGGGGCAGAAUGUGCUCCUCACCGACAACGCCGAAGUGAAGCUGGUGGACUUUGGCGUCUCCGCCCAGCUGGAUCGCACGAUAGGACGGCGCAACACAUUCAUCGGUACUCCCUAUUGGAUGGCCCCCGAGGUCAUUGCCUGCGACGAGAAUCCCGACGCCACGUACGACAAUCGCUCCGAUCUGUGGUCGCUGGGCAUCACCGCCCUGGAGAUGGCUGAGUCACAGCCCCCGCUCUGCGAUCUGCAUCCGAUGCGCGCCCUCUUCCUGAUUCCGCGCAACUCGCCACCCAGGCUCAAAUCGAAGAAGUGGUCCAAGAAGUUCCACGGCUUUAUUGACACGGUGCUAGUUAAGGACUAUCACCAGCGGCCUUACACCGAGAACCUGCUGAAGCACGGUUUCAUCAAGGACCAGCCCACAGAUCGCCAGGUGCGCAUCCAGCUGAAGGACCACAUCGAUCGCUGCAAGAAGCGCAAGCAGGAGAAGGAGCGCGAGGACUACCGCUACUCGGGCUCCGACAACGACGACGACGAACCGCAGCUGGCCGGUGAGCACAGCUCCAUUGUCCAGGCACCAGGCGGCGACACGUUGCGCCGCAACUUCCAGCAGAUCCAGGAGGGUCGCCUGGCCGCCGAGCAGCAGCAGCAGCAUCACAUGAUGGCCCAGGCGCAGGCCCAGGCGGCUGCCGCCCAUGCCGCUGCCCAGGCCCAGGCGCAACUCCAGCAGCAGCAACAGCAGGCUGCGGCGGCGGCAGCAGCGGCGGCCCAUGCAGCACAACAGGCUCAGCAGGCCGCCCAGCAGCCACAGGCCAAUCGGCAGCCAAAACCGCCAUCGCGCCAGCAGGUUGAGGAGCCGGGUCCGCCAGCAAGGCCGCCACAGCGCCUGAUCGUGGUGCCGGAUCCGCCGCACGCCAAUCGGCCAUUGCCACCGACGCCCAAGUGCGGCGAGCCGGCGGGACAGACGCCGCAGCAACAGCAGCGCAACUCGCAGAAUAACUUCAAGCCAUCGUUACCACCAAGGAGACCUGAGGAUCAUUUGGAUGUGUUAGCAGCACAAUUAAGUGAAUUGGGCGUGGUCUUCUCCCAACAGCCACAGCCGCAGACGGCCGCCGGUGGCCAGGGAUCCCAGCAGCAGGCGCAGCCGGAGGCGCCGCCUCGCAACAAUCGCCAGUCGAGCGGUCUGUCCUCCUCCGGGGGAUCGGCAUCCGGAGGCGGCGGUUCGUCCAAGCCGGCCGCCGCUCUGCCGCCGCAGUCGAACAAUCAUCUGGGCCAGCCGGUGAACCCGCUGGAUCCCUUGGACAGCAGCGAUUCGGACAGCGAGCCGGAUGAGCCCAACGAUCGGGCCAGGAACGAUGGAACUCUACUGGCCAGUGAUCCGCCCAAGCCACUGCCCGGCUUGGGACCCGUCUCCGAGGACGCCAACACGACAACGCCCUUGAGUCACGGCAGCGGUGGACCGCCCAACCGCCCACUGCCGCCCACGCCCGACGACGACGAUCAGGCCGGCGAUCGGACUUUGAUCAUGAAGCGCAAACUAGAGCAGAACAUAAACCGCCUGCAAAAGUCCGCAUCCACAUCGCAAGCCAAUGUGACACCGUCGCGUCGCGGCGACGAAUCCAAUUUGCUGAGGGACUGGGACUUUGAUCGGUUCUUCCCCAAGAACGGAAACGGUCCGAGGGGCAGUGGACGUGGUAGUCCCACUACCACUGCCAGCCUGAGCCGAAGCUCCCAGCUGAGCACGCUGAAGGCGGAUACAAAGCUCCAAAGGGCCAGUGUGGUGGAGGCCGUCACCAGACCAGUUCCACGGGGCUAUCAGCCGCUGAAGGUCGAACCAAGUGCUAGCCAAAGUAUUGCCAAAGAACAAGGAUCAGCAUCAGGAUCCGGAUCGGGAUCGGGAAGUGCAAGUGGUAGCGGAAGCAGUGGUAGCACCAAUUCCCCAGCGCAUAAGCGCCAGGAUUCGGACUCCCGACUGCCAACGAAUUUUGAGCGCGGUUUUCGACGCGAGAACUCGGACUUCUUCCCGCUGGCCAAGAGAUACUCGGCGGUGUUCAGUGGAGCCACUGCAGCCGGAUCCACAGCGGGAUCGCCCUCAGCACAGGCUCUUCAGAGGUCAAGCGCAGUCUACCAAAGGAACAGCAUUUACAGCAGCAGCAUCAGCAGUAAGAGCAAGGAGAAUGCCGCGCCUGGAGCGCCAGGAGCAGCUGCAGCAGGAACUGCCACUGCCAGUGCCAAGCCAGGACCAGCUGCACCCACAACCACUGCCACCGCCACCAAGGGAGCUGCUCCAAAGACCUCCAAGUCCCUGGCCAACUUUCACUUCCUGCGACCGCGUCGCGAAAAGACUGAAUCCGUCAUUGUGCUGCAGAAUGCUGCCGUUCGCGCCCAAAGGCAGCAGCAACUGCAACAACAGCAGCAGCAGCAGCAGCAACUGCAGCAGCAACAGCAGCAGCAGAAUCGAGGAGGCGGCGGCGGCGGAGGAGGCGGUGGCAGCAGCGGCGUGGGCGCCGAUGGCACUGGACUGGGAACUCCUGGGACAAGGACCAGCAGCGUCCUGCCGGAUCUACUCAGCCAGGCGUCGCCGGCAACGCCACCACGCCAUGAUAAAUCAUCCAGUGAGGAGCAGUAUCAAGCGGCCAUCAGCUCAUCCGUGCAUUCCACGCCAUCGAAAUCGUUUAUCGCCAGCAGCGGAAGCGGUGGUCUCGGUUUGGGGGGCGGUACCGUUGUGGGCGGCGUGAUUAUCAGCAGCAAUCACUCGCCCCAAUCGACGAUAUCGCUCGCCUCCUCGUCCUCGAAUUCGCGCCAGAAUUCGCCCAAGAAUUCGAUCAGCAAGACGCGCUCCUCCAGCAGUAUUACUAAUCUCUUGCACAAAUCUGCUUCUUCCUCCUCCGCGAACCUGCACCACCUGACGCCCUGCUCCUCGACAUCCUCGGCCUCGAUCUCCAAUCCGCUGCCACCGCACGCCUAUGCCCUGCAACAGAAGCAGCGCAGUUUCCUGACCUUUGGCUUCGGGGCCGGCGGCUCUGGUCCUUCGCGCCGGGAAUCGCACGUCAAUGUCAACGUAACGCCCACCUCCCACGAGGCGGCCAACGACACGCCCGAGAUCCGUAAGUAUAAGAAGCGCUUCAACUCGGAGAUCCUGUGUGCAGCGCUGUGGGGCGUCAACCUGCUGAUUGGAACGGAGAAUGGCUUAAUGCUGCUAGAUCGAUCCGGUCAGGGCAAGGUCUACCAGCUCAUCUCGCGACGCCGUUUCCAGCAAAUGGAGGUGCUAGAGGGCCAGAACAUAUUGGUCACCAUAUCCGGCAAGAAGAACCGAGUGCGCGUCUACUACUUGUCCUGGCUUAAGUCGAAGAUCUUGCGCACCGACGGACUCUCCGAUCAAGUGGAGCGUCGGAACGGUUGGAUCAACGUGGGUGAUCUGCAAGGUGCUGUACAUUUUAAGAUUGUCAAAUACGAGAGGAUUAAGUUCCUAGUGAUUGCAUUAAAAGACUCUAUUGAAAUUUAUGCAUGGGCUCCCAAACCAUAUCACAAAUUUAUGGCAUUUAAGAAUUUUGGUGAACUGGAACAUCGCCCGCUUUUGGUCGAUCUCACCAUCGAGGAUCAGUCGAGACUGAAGGUGAUCUAUGGCUCCGCCGAGGGUUUCCAUGCGGUUGAUUUAGAUUCAGCUGAAGUAUACGAUAUCUAUCUUCCCAAGCAUACUCAGGGUGCAAUCAUUCCGCAUUGUAUUGUGGCGCUUCCCAACUCAAAUGGCAUGCAACUGCUGCUGUGCUACGACAAUGAGGGCGUCUAUGUGAACACUGUGGGCCGCGUUUCCAAGAACAUUGUACUGCAGUGGGGCGAGAUGCCCACCUCGGUGGCCUACAUUGGCACUGGACAAAUCAUGGGCUGGGGCAACAAAGCAAUAGAGAUACGUUCCGUCGAGAGCGGCCAUUUGGAUGGUGUGUUCAUGCACAAAAAGGCGCAGCGCUUGAAAUUCCUUUGCGAGCGAAACGACAAAGUAUUCUUCAGCAGUGCCAAAGGUGCUUCAUCGUGUCAAAUCUACUUUAUGACGCUCAACAAGCCGGGCAUGGCCAAUUGGUAAUCGAAUCCAAUCGAAACCAAUCCAAAUCAAUCCAAUCCAAUCGACGAUCGAUUAUCUUGGCAGGCAGCCUUCGAUCGACGCUCAUCGAUCGAUUUGCUCAACCGGCAACAAAAUCAACCCAUAAACAUUUUCUUCUUAUUUUACCACAAAAGGCAAACGAAAAUGAAUGAAAGUAUCUAACGUGAACACAUAAAAGAUAAUUAGCUGAUUUAAGUGAAGAGUGCAUAACGAUUAAGUGAGAUAUCCUAAACCAACAACAACAACACUCAACAACAUACCAACAACCCAAGGUCAUGAACUUGUGCUUAUGAAAUUCACCACGACAACGUUUCAAUUAGUAAAUGUGCUAAGAAAACUCGAUCAACGCGAGCCUAUAUAUAUAUAGAUAUAUAUAUAAAAUAUUCUACUUAAUAUUUAGAAACGAACAUUUCAAGCUCACUCGUCGAGGUUUUUUGUCAGAUCUGGUCAGAAAAAAAAACCGCAAUUAAAGCAAUUCGUAUCCUCCAUCCUUUCGAUGUAUGUAUAUUAACGUUACAUAACUGAACGAACACCCAGCACACACGAUUCAGAUUCAUUUCAAAUGUCGUUUCACGAUUGUGUAUGAUUUCGCUUACAAGUUAAACUUAAGUUGAAAGCCAACAGCGCAGCAUAAGCCCACAAAACAUACAAGUAUAUCGAAUUUUCUGCGCACAGCAGAAAAUAUAGAAGAAAAUAUAUGCAGUUAGUUUUUGUUCUUGAUAUUAUCAAAUAGAAUUUAUUUGUGCGUUUCUGAUAAAUACGUGUUAGUGGAGAGAGCAGAGGAAAUUUAUACAUUUUAUGCAAAUGCAAAUGGAAAUCGAAGCGAAGCGAAGCAAAGCAAACAAAACCCACAUAAAACGCCAUUGUAAAAACUAAGUGAUAAACAAGUAAAUAAUUGAUUAAUGUAAAAUAAAGCCGAAAGCAACACAAACCCAAGCAAGCUUGCAACAAUUGAGGAAAUCCAAUGGAAGUAGAGAAACGCACCACGACGUUUGCGAGGAGAGCUACCUUAAUAACGAAAUUGGAGGGAAUUACAAAACGAGAACCUAGUUAAGCUGCAUUUUUUACUGAACUUUUAUACAGAGCCAAGAGAAUGAUGAAAACAAAAGCAAAAAUAACGGAUGAACGAAUCAAGGAGGGAAAUUAAACCAAAAUUCUAUAAAUCGUAGCAUGUUAAAAUUGAUAACCAUCUCCGCUUGUUGUACUGUGUGCAUUUCUUUGUGUUUUCACUAGCUUCAAUAUCAAAAGUGGUCACGUUGCAAUAUCUCUAUAUCGAGUGCACACUCAAGUCCCCAAUGAAACACUAAUUCUGCCUUAUUUUAUGUUGUUUGCGUGAUUUCGCCCCACUCCUUCUCUUCCAAACGAAACAGUCUCAUGAAGAAGUAUAUUUAAAAUAUUGUUUGUUUUUGUGUUAUAAAAUGAUUGUACGCCCCCGUAUUUAGUAAUGUUCAUCCAAGCAAAAUGGAAAGAUAAGUGCACCAACAUGCACGUCUAAAACAACAAAAAAAGAAUAAAAGAAUUAGUAAUAAAUGCUUACUUUAUUUCUAAAAUAAAACAAGUAAAAUGGUACAGAAAUGAAUGUAAAUCUAAUUAUUAUAUAUAUAUAAUCUCAAAAUUAAAAAAAAAAUACAACAAAA